UUUGAAGAGCUACGUUCUCUUUAUAUAAACGGUGAACCAUAACAAAGAAACUUGAAAAUGGCAGAUCACUGCAAUGGAAGCUCGCACAGCUCUGAAUCUUUUGCCAAUAUUCCACCAAUAAAAUUCACCAAGCUCUUUAUAAAUGGCAACUUCGUCGACUCCGUUUCUGGGAAAACGUUCGAGGCGAUCGACCCGAGAACUGGGGAGGCGAUAACCCUAGUUUCGAAAGGGGACAAAGAGGAUGUUGAUUUGGCUGUGAAGGCUGCACGUUUUGCUUUUGAUAAUGGCCCUUGGCCUCGCUUGUCUGGCUCUGAACGAGGAAGGAUCUUGAUGAAGUUAGCAGACUUAAUAGAAGAAAAUAUAGAAGAAAUAGCUUCAUUGGAUGCCAUUAAUGGUGGCAAGCUGUUCUCUCUUUGCAAGCUCAUCGACAUACCAGCUGCUUCAAUGGCACUACGUUACUAUGCAGGUGCAGCUGAUAAAAUCCAUGGAACCGUGUUGAAAUUAAGCAAAGGACUCCAAGGUUACACUCUUAGGGAACCCAUUGGUGUUGUAGGAGCUAUAAUCCCAUGGAAUUUCCCCACUAUCAUGUUCUUCAUGAAGGUUGCACCAGCAUUAGCUGCUGGCUGCACCAUUGUGGUUAAACCAGCUGAACAAACCCCUCUUUCAGCUCUUUAUUAUGCUCAUCUUGCUAAGCUGGCUGGUGUCCCUGAUGGAGUGCUUAAUGUUGUGAAUGGAUACGGAGAGACUGCUGGUGCUGCCAUUAGCUCUCAUAUGGACAUUGAUAAAGUGAGUUUUACAGGGUCAACUGAAGUUGGUCGUAAGAUAAUGGUAGCAGCAGCAACAAGCAAUUUGAAGCCAGUUUCAUUAGAGUUGGGUGGCAAAUCACCAUUGUUAAUAUUUGAUGACGCCGAUGUUGAUGAAGCUGCAAAUAUUGCUUUCAAUGGCAUGUUCUUCAACAAAGGAGAAAUUUGUGUGGCGAGUUCUCGUGUUUAUGUACAAGAAGGUAUUUAUGAUAAGAUUGUGGACAAGUUGGUAGAGAAAGCAAAAGCAUUGGUUGUUGGAGAUCCUUUUGACCCUCAAGUUAAUCAAGGACCCCAAACUGAUAAGAAGCAAUUCGAGAAAAUCCUAUCAUACAUCGAGCAUGGCAAAAGAGAAGGAGCUACUUUACUAACAGGAGGCAAACACAUUGGCCAAAAGGGAUAUUACAUACAGCCUACCAUAUUUGCUGAUGUUAAGGAUGAUAUGAUCGUAGCAAAAAAUGAAAUUUUUGGGCCAGUAAUGUCAUUGAUGAAGUUCAAAACUAUGGAAGAGGGGAUUAAGAGGGCAAACAACACGACUUAUGGUCUGGCAGCUGGGGUUAUAACGAAGGACUUGAAUGUGGCAAACACUGUUUCGAGAUCGGUCCGUGCUGGUGUCGUGUGGAUCAACUGUUACACUGUGUUCGAUAUGGAUUGCCCUUAUGGCGGGUACAAGAUGAGCGGGUUUGGAAGAGAUUAUGGUUUGGAUGCACUUAACCAGUAUCUGCAAAUCAAGUCUGUUGUAACUCCCAUUCAUGAUUCUCCAUGGCAUUGAACCUAUUGAAAGUACACGAGUCAUGUACUAUUACCCAAAAAUGCUAUUUUAAGAGUAUAUAGUGUUAAGGAGGUAAGGAUAAAUAAUGUUUUUAGUGUUGAUGAUAUAUAUGGCAAUCAACCAACAAAUGUGAUUUGGUUUGUAAGUUGAAAUUUCAGUUUUGCCAACAUAUAUUUUCUUAUUGCUUUUGUCA